AUGUCUACUACAAAUAAUAUGUUAAGUUUUGUUGAAAAAGAUAUUGAUAAAGCUAUAGAAUCCGUUGAAGAAUAUUAUAGCGAUAUUGAAACAAAUCUUGAUAAUGUUAUUGAACAAAUUCAAACAAUAAUUUCCAAUUCAUCAGAUGAUUCCAAUAUAAAAGUUAAUGUACGUGAUUCAAUAAAAUUAUUAGGAAAAAAAUAUAGUGAUAAACAUAAAGAUUUACAUGGUUUAAUAUCGAAAAUUGGUAAAGUAAUUGAUAAAUGUUUUCAAUCAGAUUUUGGUAAUGUUCCAAUAAAUGAAUUAUUUGAUAAACCGGAAAAAUUAAAAUUAAUUUAUAUGAUUAUAUGUGAAGAUCUCUAUAGACAAGGACGUAUGUCAAUAGCUCAACAAUUAAUUAAAGAAACAAAUUUAAAUGAUAAUGAUUUAUUUAAUGUUGAAAAAGAUUUUCUUGAAGAAAUAAAUUUAAUCUUAGAAAAUUUACGUGAAAAAAAUCUUUUACCAGCACUUGAUUGGUGUAAAAAAAAUCGAAAUGAAUUAAAUAAAUCCGGAAGUUUAUUAGAAUUUCAUUUACAUAAAAUGCGUUUUGUACAAUUAUUAGAGAAAGGUAAUUUUGAUGAAGCGAAAGUUUAUAUGUCAAAUUUAAGACAAUAUUCCAUUUCAAAUGGUCAAUGUGAACAAGCUGUUAAUGAAUUAAUGGGUGCAUUUGUUUUUGCUCAAAGAGAUUUAACAAAAUCACCCUAUAAAUAUUUACUUGAACCACAUCUUUGGUUACAAUUAUUAGAAUUAUUCAUGCAACAAGCAUUCCAACAAGUGGGACUUGCACAAGAUAGUCCACUUUAUGUUUUAAUGAAAACUGGCUUUCAAGCAUUACCUGCUCUAAUGAGCAUAGUGAAUGCCAUGCAAAAUACUCAGGUAUGUCAUAUAUUAUCAAAAGAUGAAUUACCGAUAGAAAUUGAUGUUGGUCAAGAACAUCGUUAUCACAGUGUAUUUGCUUGUCCAAUUCUUCGACAACAAACAACAGAUCAAAAUCCACCUAUGAAACUUGUUUGUGGUCAUGUUAUAUCGAAAGAUGCAUUAAAUAAAUUAUCUAUACAAAAUAAACUUAAAUGUCCGUACUGUCCUUUAGAACAAAGUCCAGCAGAUGCACGACAACUUUUCUUUUGA